AUGGCUUCUUUGUUCAUAGUGGGAGAUCUAAUUGGUGGUGGCAUUGUUGCAAUGCCUGUUUCAUUCAGUGACACAGGUUUUACAGUAGGUGCCAUCUUUAUAAUUUUAAUAUGUGUAAUUUUUACGAUAACUGGUUGGUUACUUGCUGAUACGUGGGAGAUAAUGAGGAAACGAUGGCCUGAGUAUAAAAAGCACUGCAGGACACCAUAUUCGGAAAUGGCUAGGCGAUGCAUGAAUGACACAGCAGUAGUUGUCACCAAGAUAACUGUACAUUCAACAUUAUUUGGUGCUACGGUGGUAUAUAUACUUCUCUCCUCUAAAAUAUUUCAAAAUUUCAUGGCAUACUUUGAUCUAAAAGUCGGCUUUUGUUGGUUACCAAUUGUUGUAACUGCAUCAGUUUUGCCUGCAACAUUUCUCAAAUCACCAUCUGAUUACUGGUGGACAGUAGUUCUCGGUGUCGUAUUCACCGUCGCAUGUGUCCUUUUGAUACUUGUCGGAGCAGUUUUGGAUACUCCAUACUGUUUUCGAGAAGCUUACUAUCCAAACAUCUCCAUGAAAGCUUUAUUAGGCUUAAGCAUAUUUUUGUUCGCUUAUAAUGGACACCAAAUUUUUCCAACAGUGCAAAAUGAUAUGCGCCAUCCAAAACAUUUCAAAAAAUCAGUUAUUGUGGGAUUUCUCCUCGUCGCAAUACUUUAUAUACCUAUGUCAUUCUACACAUUUAUGGUUUAUGGCAACAGUAUGGUUGAUUCCGUAAUCAACUCCAUACAAAUAGUUUGGAUUCGCUACUCUGCUGACAUGUUACUUGCGCUACUUUGUAUUCUGACUAUUAUUAUCGCCAUCAACCCAGUUAAUUUGCAGUUGGAAGAUACUUUCAGUGUUCCACACAAGUUUUGCUUUAAACGAGUAGCAACUCGCACAAGUUUAAUGCUUGUCGCACUUUUUGUUGGCUUAACACUUCCGAAUUUUGGCGCUGUGAUGAAUUUAUUUGGAAGUACAACAGUGCCUUGCACUUGCGUGAUUCUACCAACUUUAUUUAAUCUUCAUAUUAAAAGCGCUACUUAUGAUGCGGAAACAAAUACGUGGAUUAUCCCACCACUUUCUCAAGUGUUGCGAAAAACACCGAAAAUGACACUGAUAGUGUUAGCCAUAAUAAAUGGUGUAACAGUAAUUUGCUCAGUCAUCGCAACCGGAAUGUCAGUGAAAGAAAUUUUGGGUGAACGAUUUGUACCGCCCUGCUAUCUACUACCACUCUUUCCUGCUAGCAAAGUCAAACGUCUCAGUGCACUUACAUUCCACUGCUGUGGAAGAUUUAUGAAUAUUUCAAGAUCUGACAUUUCAUGUGGCUCAGUAAUGUAUGCUUUCCUAUCGUUCGCUAUAUUAUGCAAUACUUUUUUUCCACAAUUUUUGAGACAAAAGUGAUA